CCAGAAUUUAACAAGUGCCCCAUCCACUCUUAUAAACCUAGUAAUUUUCAAUCACCCAGUGACUGGAGUUGCUGCUGCGAUGUAAUUUUUGGGAAUAUUCGAUGAUUUGUGCUGCAUUGUGACAAUUUUUUUUAUUAAUAUUGACUGACUUCUGAGAGUACCUCACUACGAAGUUAAUAGGCCUAUUCCCGCUCUCCCAUCCUAUAGUAAAUUAAUUUCUGCGCAGCUUUCCCACAAUACUUUUUCACAUGAAAUAACUAAAUUUAGACCAACUCAUCAAAUACUGUAAUAAACCACUACAGUAACCACUUAAACCUCGUUACGCGCGUGCCCCAACAAUAUGUAGGCAAAGUUUGCCUGGCAAACUGAUGCAGCCGUAUGCUGGCGAUAAGAUAGGCAAAUUGUUGCUGCCGUAAUGUAAUCUCGCGUAUACCUCCCAAGGUCGACGCUAUCAUGAGAACUAAAAACGAAACCUCAUUCUAUAGUCCACUUGUACGUUAUUGUCGGUCAUUCUUUCUGAGGACUACACCAAGGGACGAGGGGAAACUGCAUGAAAUCAAAGAUGAGGGUCAUUGUGGAUUGUGAUGCUGGAGCGGAUGAUGCCAUGGCUCUUUUCUUGCUCCUUGCUGGCGACGCUAACAAUGAAAUUGAUAUCCUUGCCGUUACGUGCGUUUCUGGAAAUACAGGUGUUCAAAACGUUAAAAUAAACGUUCUCCGCACUUUACAAGCCGCAAAUCGUCUUGAUAUUCCAGUGUUUGUGGGAGCUGAUGGGCCGUUGAUUCCACCGGCUCCUACAGGAGAAACUUCUCCCGGGUAUUAUGGGUAUGAUGGUUUUGGAGAUGCAGAUUUUCCAGAUGUGCCUGAUGUGUCUUUGAUAAAGGGAGAAAAUGCAAUUGAAUAUCUCAAUAGAAUUACAAAUGAAAAGAAAGGACAAAUAUCUUUAAUUUGUCUUGGCCCAUUAACAAAUGUCGCCCUUGCAAUAAGAACCUAUAAACAAUUUGCUCAAAAUCUAAAAGAUAUUUUUAUAAUGGGUGGUAACUACAGAGGAGUUGGGAACUCAACAUCAGCAGCUGAAUUCAACUUUUAUUUUGAUCCUGAAGCUGCUCAGAUUGUUCUGUCUUCCAUUCAAUGUCCGAUAACAAUAGUUCCAUGGGAAGCAUCUCUGGAAACUCGUCUAUCUCUGGUACCGCUUGAAUGGAGAUUUGAAGUGCUAGGCAAACUGACAACACCUCAAGUACAGUUACUUAACACAGUGGAGAGAAGCCUACACCAAAAAAAGAAGAAGAAACCCACACAAUGGAGUGCAAGUGACUCACUAGUAGUUGCUGUAUUCUUGAGACCAUCUCUUAUAUCUAAAAGUCACAAGUGCCACCUGUCUGUUGAAUUACAUGGUCAUGGUACUAGAGGCCAAGCUAUUGUUGAUCACUUGCAGAAAAAUGACCACAAUAGCACAAUAAUAGAAAGUGUCAAUUGUGAUAUGUUUAAAGAACUGCUUCUGUGGGCAGCAGGAAUGGAAUGUUUCAAAUGAUGUUUUUCUGCAACAUCAUAAAGCAUUUUAUUGAACAAAAUAAAGAUUUGCUUUCAAAAUAUUUUAUUUUUUACAUACAUACAUUUUUACAUAUUAUACACACUAAUUUUCACAUAGGUUUUAGAAGCAGCUGGAAUAACUUAAUUCUAGAAAUACAUACUUAUCCGACCACUCCAUAAGCAAUAAUCCUUUCCAAUUUUUUUGACUUUUGAAAUAAGUCUCAAACAUCGAGUUUCAACAACUUUUCUUCAAGUUAUUUCCUAAAAUUAUAAGUACAGAAAAAAAAUGUAAUGCUGUUUUCACACAGCAAUCCAAACAUCCAAUAAUAACAUUCUGAUAUAUAUUUUAACAAUGAUUUUUGUUUUGGUGUCUUUCCAGGAACUCCAUGUUGCUUAACUUCCAAACAAUAACAUCACCCACCCACCAACUAGUUUAUUUCUAUACAAGGAAUGAUUUGAACCUAUCAAUAUAUAACUUCUGGACAGUUUAUGAAGGUACCUGAUUCUUCAAAGAAUCUUGUAUCUGUUGUCUUGCUUCCCUAUUUGACUGAAGUAGUAAAAUAAGUUGGGCGUGGAUAUCAUCAUUUUUUUGUUCCAAUUCAUCAAGAGCUGAAUUCAACUGAUCAAGCUGCAAAUUAAGCGAUUCAAAAUCUUCUUCCGAAUCAUCACUCUCCUCAUCAAAAUCAUCUUCUGGACUGUCGCGAAUAUCCUGAGGCUGAUUAGUUUCUUCAAUCAUAUCGUCAUCUGCCAUAACACGCAUGCGAUCUAGAGCUCUUAACUCCACCACAGCACAGAACACAAUACAAACUGAAUCGGAACACACCGAGAUUCAGGUCUGAAUCUGAUGUCUAAAAUGCUCCGAAUUAUUUUCUCUGCACCGAACGCGUCUGUCAGUACGACACACUAAUCUUCACUAAAGCGCACCGAAGACAUCGAUGACCAAAACAAUCACGAGUUCUGCUUCUGGCCAUUUUAAGCAGUGUACCCAACACUUGUAAGAUAAUGACCCUGCACUGACAGGUCUCGACGAAAGAGAUUUGAGUAAACGUUCAUCGAAACCUUGCAAAUAAACGUGACCUUCAUAAGAAUAGAAGCGCGCGAACUUUGCUAUAACGUGAUCGUAAUUAGCUUCAUUCGAAAGUUAAUACUGAUCCUAUUAAUUUUAUUGAACGCCAGUGUCACCAAACCGUCAGUUGUAGUGGCAGUGAAAACACCAAGGUUUUCCUAGUUCGUCAGUUUUCUCGAUUAAUCUUGGCUGAAGUGUGUAAAUUUAUUGCCAAAUUUGGGCAAUGCAGUGAUGCAGUCUGAUGAUGCGAGAUAUUUAAAGCGAAAAAUCAGAUCACGUUCCAUCGAUGUUCAUCCAACUGAAAAGGCACUUGUUGUCACUUAUGAAUUAGAAGCAUUAAUUCUUGGUGAUCUUGGUGAUCCACUCUUAGGAAACAGAAAAGAAUGUCAAAAAAUAAUUCGAUUGAAAAGUUUAAACGAAACUACUAAUUGUGCAGCACUAGCCAAAGAAGUAGUUGAGAAAUGUAGUCUUAUUCAUCCUAAUAAAUUAGAAGAAGUGAGACAUUUAAUAUCAUAUUUGCAGAAGAGAAGAAGCACUGGGAACGGUAUUUCAUCAGAACGUGGAGAGUCUCCCCGUCCAAGCUCUUCAUGUUCUUCAUCAGAGGGCCCCAAUUCUAAUUCAAUUCUUCCAGAGAAAGUCAGUAUUAACGAUAUUGAACAAUAUGUUGAACUGCUUUAUGAAGACAUUCCAGAAAAGGUCAACGGAUCUGCCCUUAUAUUACAAUUAGCAAGAGUACCUGAUAACUUGGUUGAACUUGCAAAUAAUGAAUCAGCUCUGAGUGCCUUGUCUCGUGUGUUACGGGAAGAUUGGAAAAAAAGUAUAGAACUCAGUAUAAACAUAGUUUACAUCUUCUUUUGCUUUUCUGCGUACAGCCAGUUUCAUAACAUCGUAUUACAAUACAAAAUUGGCUCUUUGUGCAUGGAAAUUCUGGAUUAUGAACUACGACGUUAUGAUCAAUGGAAAGACGAAUUAGAAUCUCGAAGAAAGAAAUGUGAAAUUAAUUGCAGUUCAAUUUUGCAAAACUCAUCUGCUGCUGGAGAUAACAAUACAUCAUUGGUGGUAGAGUCAAAAGGACAAGAAAACAAUAAUGAAGUGCGAAGACGUGUUUUGGAAGGUAUUUCUCAUAUACCAAUUGCAGCAGGAGACAAUCGGAGGAGAACUAUGGAAGGCAUCAGCACUCCAGUGGAGGUAUACGACCAUCGAAGGCGACAUAGUGAAAUAGUGAGAGCUUUCUCUCCGAAUUCUAUGAGAAAUAUGGAUCCCAAAGAUGAACAUAAAAGAAUAACUGAAGAAUAUGACAAAAUGAAGCUUAAACUUCAAAAUUUAAUAAAGAAACAGGACCAACUUUUGAGAGUAAUUAUUUAUUUACUUCUCAAUUUGGCUGAAAAUACAAAAGUUGAAGAUAAAAUGCGAAAAAAAAAUAUCUGUGGAAUGCUGGCAAAAACUCUAGAUAGAGAAAAUGCAAAUUUACUUCAUUUGGUUGUCACAUUUCUAAGGAAACUUUCCCUUUUCAAAGAGAAUGUUGAUGAUAUGGCUGAUUUAAAUGUUGUUGAAAAACUCCCCAAAGUAUUGUUGAUAAACAAUCCUGAAGUAAUUGAAGUCACUUUGCAACUCUUGUUUAAUCUAUCAUUUGACACUCAUCUUCGUGAGAGAAUGGUACGAGUUGGCAGCAUUCCAAAAUUAGUCAGUCUCCUAUCUGACCAGCGAUAUGAAAUAAUUGUUCUGAAAAUUUUGUAUCAUCUUAGCAUGGAUGAUAGAUGCAAAUCAAUGUUUACUUACACUGACUGCAUUCCAAUGGUGAUGAGCAUGUUGCUUGAAAGUUCAGAAGAAGAGGAACACAUGGAGUUAAUAGCACUCUGCAUUAAUUUGGCAAUUAACAAACGCAAUGCUCAGAUGAUGGUAGAGAAUAACCGUUUGCAAUGUUUGAUGGAAAGAGCAUUUCGAAAUCAAGAUUCUCUAAUUAUGAAAAUGAUACGAAAUAUUGCCCAACAUGAAGGAACAAAACAAAAUUUUGUUGAAUUUGUUGGUGAUAUUGCACAAGCUAUUGUGCGAUGUGAGAAUGAAGAUUUUGUUGUGGAAUGUGUUGGAGUGUUAGGAAAUAUGACAAUACCUGACCUUGAUUUCUCUCAAAUUAUGCAACGGUUCAAUAUGAUACCAUGGAUUACAAGUGUAUUGGUACCAGGAAAACAUGAAGAUGAUCUUGUCUUGGAAGUAGUGGUUUUGCUUGGUACAGCAGCUUCUGACGAAGGCUGUGCAACUUUGUUUUGCAAAGCUGAUGUAUUGCUAUCUCUUAUUGAACUUCUAAAAGCUAAGCAAGAAGAUGAUGAAAUGGUUCUGCAAAUCAUCUAUGUCUUUUAUCAAAUAUCACGUCAUGUUGCUACUCGAGAUUAUUUGAUAAAAGAAACUGAAGCACCUGCUUAUCUCAUAGAUCUCAUGCACGAUAAAAAUGCCCAGAUUCGAAAAAUCUGCAAUGCAUGUCUGGAGAUCAUUGCAGAGUGUAAUAAGGAAUGGGCAGAGAGAAUCAAAUUGGAGAAGUUUCGUUGGCAUAAUUCUCAAUGGCUGGAAAUGGUUGAAAGCAGUGUUGUAGAAGAGCCUGCUUAUGGAAUGAGUGGAGAUGUUGAUGAUUUGUCUUCUUUCUACACUGAAGACAUGAUACAAAGAGCUCUCAUGUAUCCAUCAGGUUCUGAAACUGAUCUAGAUCAAGAAGAAAAUAUUACAGCAGACAACAAAACAAUUAAUGACCCUCUUACUCGGCCAAGAAGCAGCUUCAACAUGUUAGUUUGCUGAAGUGUAAUGGAACAGCUGCUGAUCGCACCUGCCUUUGCCAAGACUUGUUGUAAACAUCUGUGUCAAACGAUGGCAGCUUGUGAGACUUACCAUUACUGUAAACAAAGAGUAGAUAUAAUACUCUGCAUUACAGCAGAUCUCAUUUUGGCUUAGAGUUCAUUUGAAAGCAGAACCAUGCACUAUCUUCUAGUUUUAACUGUUGCCCUAAUUUGGAUGUUAUAUAUAACAUUUGCUGUGCCACUUAAUUCGCGUGAACGUCGUUUCCUAUACUUUUGGUACCCUGGAGCAAAUACUACUAAUUACACUUGGCAGUUGGUUCCACUAGGGACUGCACUUUACAGCCCAACUCCAUAUUACCUGGGCUAAUAUUCAAGAAUAUACAACAUAAUGAUUUCUUGAGUUAUAAAUAAUACUUUCUGGGAUAUUCAUGUCAGACUUAUAAAGAAUUAAAUAAAUGUUCUGCACAUUAAAG